AUGCGGGGAAAGACUGCACUUCUUGUGUUUCUCCUGACAAGUGUCCAGUCCGUUCUUAGCGGCUCUAUCGAGUGCAUCAACGGCAUCCAAACAGCUGUGGCAACCUUCAAAUUCACUGGGGAGAAGGGUGGCGCCUUUACCUGUGUUGGCAACCAUCAUGUCUACUCACUGUGGGCAGCUGCCAAGGUAUACUGCACGGAGGAUGAGAUUGAAGCUGGGUCAAUGUAUUUAGCGCACAUCUGCCUGCCUCGGAAAACACCACUAGUGCCGUAUAGCACGGUUGAUCCGCACCUUACGCCUGACUAUAUACAGUCAUUGCCUGUAGUAACCUUCAAGGACGUUGAGAAAAAAAGAAACUGGAAUACCUCGGUCCUACUAUCCCAGGAGCUCUAUGAGAUCGCCGUGAGAUCAACGACGGCCAUGGAUAAGCAAUAUUCAGUCCAAGUCCUAUAUGGAUGGGCCUUGUAUGGGUUCUGGGGUGCCAUUCUCUUCCUCGGAAUGCUAUAUCAAUGCGUAACUGCGUAUUCGAUCUCUCGACUCACGGCACGUGCUGUGGACCUUGAGGGAGAAAGAACCCCAGCGUGGUGUGGACCCUCUCGACUAGGAGUAGCAUGGCAUUGGGUGCGGCAGAAGAUCACCAUUCCAGCAACCUUCAACUCUUAUCAUCAACGCCCUUGGUUUUACUGUACCAUUCCAACACGGUUGGAGUCAAUCGUGGUUCUCAGUUACAUGGCCCUUAACGUCAUCCUUUUGUCUGUGACGUACGAUACUUUCUACCCACAUAUUCGCUAUCCUCAACUUGCCCAGCAGUGGCAAUAUUUUGCAAAUCGAGCUGCUAAUUUGACCUUGGCUAAUCUGCCCUGGCUAUGGCUGUUUGGGGGACGCAACAAUAUUUUCCUUUCGUUGACUGGAUGGAAAUACUCAACAUUCAGUAUUUUCCACCGGAAUAUCGCACGAGUGGUCCUUUUACUUGGUAUCAUCCAUUCGACAACGUACACUGUCUGGAAAGUGCACGAUCAUGCUUAUCUAGCGGUUUGGGCAGACAACUAUUUUCAAAUGGGCGCUGUGGCUCUAUCCUCGAUUGGGCUUAUUGUGUUCUGUUCUGCCUCGUAUUUUCGCCACCACCAUUACGAGUUCUUUUUGAUACUUCAUAAUCUGCUGGCACUGCUGGUUAUCAUUGCUUUAUUCCGUGCCGGCAUGGACAUUAUCCAACUUGAGGUUAUCCCGAGGCGUACCUUCCGGCAGGCUCGUCCAGGAUCUUAUUAUCAUAUUUACCAGCCCUCCCGGUGGAGAGCGUGGGAGAACCAUCCCUUCACCACGGCUACCUGGGUGCCAGUCGGCGACUCGCCACCGCCUAAAAAGCUCCAGUUUGAAAAAGGGGAAUCCCAGCCCAGUACUGCCGCCGAGCUGCAGACAUUCGCACAGUCUGUUCCUUCGGAAAAGAGACAUAGCAAUCACAUUGAGUACCAGAUUGGUCAAACAGAUGGGUCAGACUCACAAUCGUUGGAUGACGAUAAUAGUGUGAAGCAGUCCAAUGCACGGAAGUUGGUAUUUUGGAUCCGCCCAUGUUCCGGCUGGACGAAAGAACUCCGGGAUCAAUGCCUUGAGAAUGGUGGUGUCCUUCCAAAUAUGAAAGUUCUCAUCGAAGGCCCCUAUGGUAAAAGUAUUCCCCUUCACGCCUUCGAUAAUGUAUUAUAUAUCGUCGGGGGCACUGGUAUCUCUGUGGCAGCAUCCUAUCUAACAGACCAUGCCUAUCGGGUGGCGAAAUCACCUCACACUUUGCUGAGAAGGAGAAUCGACCUUAUCUGGGCCUCGCGAACUGUAGAGCACAUCCGGCACGUCGUUUUAGACAUGUUGGCGCCAGUUCUGAAAGUGCAAAGCGACAUUCGCACAUCGUUCUAUGCCACUUCCUUGGCCCAAGAUGCUGAUCUGCUCCCAUCUCAAUUGUGUGGACUCGAGAUUUGCCAAGGUCGACCGAAUGUUAAUGAUGAGAUCAUGAGAUAUGUUCGCAGUAUCUCCGCUGAGGGCUGUCGAUAUGAGAGAACCGCGAUCGUCGUCUGUGGGCCAGCUAGCAUGGCGGACGAGGCCCGUACUGCGAUGGUAAUGGUGCUGAAAACCUGGAAGAUGCCGAUCGAAUACUUUGAAGAGGCAUAUGGAUGGUAA